AUGCGCAGCCCGACGGUAUGGCAAAGGACGCGGGCAUUGCAAGUACCCGUGCAAAAGGGAACACUAAGCCCACGACUCCUCGCCGAGACGUUGCACUCCCUUCAGUCUAUUCUAUUCCGCUACGAUGACGAGAAGUCCACUGCCAUCUUACAGCAGCCGAUCAAGAAGAAAGGUUUCGACGGGGGAAGACUUGCCAUUAUCCACGACCUGACUCGGGAACGCCCGCCCCGAACCAGCUUCGGAAGGUGGGUCUACUGGCAGACAUCCGAGAGCAACUCGUUCCUGAUAGCGAUGCUUGCAUUGCUCAUCUCGAUCAUUGUUGGUGUUCUCUCGCUCGGGCUCUCGGGCUAG